AUGGAACUGCCCGCUCUUGAGGUUUUGAAGAGAUCCAGAAAUAAAUGUGUUAGGAUUGUCACUCUUAACAACAAGACAUACAGAGGAGUUCUGGAGAACUUCGAUAUGCAUGUAAACACGCAUCUCAAGGAUAGCUAUCUCCAGAUGGACGAGAAGGGGGAGGAGAUCUAUAUAGGUGAGGUGCUGAUAAACGGAGGGACGAUUGCAUGCUUUGAUAUUGUCUGA